GCGGGAAGUUUAGGGCAAGUCUCUCUCUCUCUGCCUGCUGCAACAGCGGCAGGUGGUGUUUCUGUUGUCGGGAGGCGCAUCGCAGCCAAACAGUCACAUGCGGAAGUCCGGCCGCCUCGAUCACUCAGGCUUGAAUUGGAACUAGAGACCUGGGAGCCUGAAAGGACGCCCCAAAGCAGCAUGUGGCGGAGGGGUUCCCUCCGACACAGCUCCUGAAGUUCGGUUAGCGGGCGAGGGAGUCGCAGAUCGGAAGCUAGGAGCGCUCGCCUCCGGGGCCUGUUGAGCGAGAGGAGCGCCGAUCUCCCUCCACCAUGCCGGAUGAAAUUCCACUGAUGCCAUUGCCUUUGGAAGACUAUGAAGGACUGAUACCACAGUUCGUCUUCUAUCAGAAGGAGAGCUUUUUUUGAUAAACAAGAAAAUCCACUGAAUGUCAAAAGGUUAUGUUCCCUAGGAAAUGGGACUUUGUCCUAGUUUGUGAUGAUCACAGGAUGAACAUUGAGAAGGCUCGUAAGAAAAAGAAGUUUCUGGAAGAACUGCACAGGAAAGGGUUCAUUAUCAAGGCAAUUAGGGACCAAAAGCUCUUUUAUGGAGUUCAUGCACCAAGUGGAAUCUUUCGAAAAUACCAGUGGCUUCUGAAUAAUCCUGAUAAUGAAUCAGAGCAUCUGUUUCCAGAGCAAUUAGAUUACCAACAGUCAGCAGUCACUUCAACAAGGAUACGUAUUGUGAGUUUUAUCCUGCAAAACACAGAAAUUCCAAAUACCAAAGAGAAGCUUCGUGACCUGAUAAAGAAGAAAGUGUUUGAAACUGCAUUUCCUUUACAUGAGAGAGAAAAUCUGGGUAGAUUUCUGAAAAUGAAUUGGGCUCAAUGGAGAGAACUCUUCUCUAGGCAACCAAUUGGAGAAAUCAGAACAUAUUUUGGGGAGAAAAUUGCUCUUUAUUAUGCUUGGCUGGGCUGGUAUACAUGCACCCUGUUAAUAGCUGCUGUGCCCGGUUGUAUUCUUUUCAUCUAUGGCUCCAUCAGCUUCAGUUCCAGUCAGAUCAGUAAAGAAAUCUGUGAGGCCAACACUACCAUCAUGUGUCCACUCUGUGACCAGAAGUGCCCGUUUUGGAUUUUAUCAGACAUUUGCACAUAUGCCAAGAUCACCCGUGUGGUUGACAAUGAAGGGACAGUUCUGUUUGCAAUGUUCAUGACUGUCUGGGCCACUGUAUUUUUGGAGCUAUGGAAGCGACAUAGAGCUAAAAUUGUCAGUUGUUGGAAUAUGUAUCAGUGGGAUGAAGAAGAGGAGGAAGUGGCUUUGGAGCUCAUCAAUAACCCUGAAAAUACCUCUAAGGAGUAUCAGCAUUCAUAUAUCCGCAGUAUAAUUGUGCUUAUUUUAGCUCUUAUUAUGAUAUGUGUGCUGAUUGGGAUUGCCCAUGCCUUGGUCAUCUACCGGGUUGUGGCGACAGUAAUCUUUACUCAGUCCAAUUCAAAAUUCCUUCAAGAGAAAGCCACUACGGUGGCAAUCCUGACAGGUGCAGUGAUGCACUACUUGAGCAUCGUCAUUAUGACCAAGGUGAACAAGUAUAUUGCUCACUUUCUCUGUGAACUAGAGAGGCCAAGAUCAUUCAGCGAGCGAGAGAAAAGCUAUACCAUUAAAGUCUUCACCUUCCAGUUCUUCACCUAUUUCUCUUCUCUGAUCUACGUUGCUUUCUUCUUAGGGAGGAUUAAUGGCCGUCCAGGAUCUUAUGUACGUGUGGCUGGCAAAUGGAGAUUGGAAGAAUGUCAUCCGAGUGGUUGCAUUACAGACCUUUUCAUUCAGAUGUUUGUAAUUAUGACAUUAAAGCAAACUCUCAGCAAUCUCAUGGAGUACUUGCUUCCUUCCCUAACCUACAAGUGCCGCCUGCUGCGCAGGAAGCCCCAAAGGAUUAAUGUGGAGCAGACAUCCCAGGACCCAUGCAAGGAGGAAUGGCUGUGGAACUACCAGCUCAAUGAAGUCAAUGUCUUCACCUUGUUUGAUGAAUACAUGGAGAUGAUGAUCCAGUACAGUUUCACCACUAUUUUCGUGGCUGCUUUCCCCCUUGCACCAUUACUGGCCUUCAUCAGUAACCUUUUUGAGAUUCGGUUGGAUGCUAUCAAAAUGGUGAAACUGCAGAAGCGAAUGGUGCCCAAGAAAGCUAACACCAUUGGUAUCUGGUACUACAUCCUAGAAACAAUUGGUAUACUCUCUGUCAUUGGCAAUGGCCUUGUUAUUGCCAUCACCUCAGAUUUCAUCCCCAUGCUGGUGUACCAAUAUACAUUCAGUCCAUGCAAGCAGAAGAAUAAUACUGGCAUUGACUGUUUGACAGGUUAUAUCAACCACAGCCUUUCAGUUUUCAACGUCCAGCACUUUGAGAAUACUGUGAAUCUGACGGACCCAAUGGGGAAUAAGAUAACCCACUGCAGGUACCCAGACUAUCGGAACAGUGAUGAUUACAGUCAUUCUGUUAAGUUUUGGCAUAUUUUUGCUGCACGUGUUGCCUUUCUAUUUGUAUUUGAACAUGUGGCUCUAUGCGUUAAACUAAUUGCGGCAUGGUUGUUACCUGAUGAACCCAGAAGUGUUAAAAAUGAGCAACUGAACGAAAAACGCAAGAAACUAAAACUAAAACUCAGAGCAAUGGAUGAUUCCACAGAAAUAUAGUAAAACAUGAUGGACCUAUCACAGGAAGUGCUGAGUGAAAUGGUGCUACAAACUCUGAAGAUGCCAGCGGAAAUCUGCAGCCAUCCCUGCCCUUGCACUGUUCUUGGACUUUAUACUUCAUCACCAAAAUAGCUUUGGAUGGUACAACUGCUUUGAAAUGUCAGUGUUUUUAGGAAAAAUUAGACCAAGUGAAGGAAACAAUUACCAGAGGACAUGUCAUGGUCAGUGUAAUACAGCAUUGCAGAAGGCCAGAAGCAUUUUCAAAUGUUCCAUAUUCUUCAGUCAGUAAAUCAUUUGUGACCUUUAUUGUCAUGCUAACAUCUACUCAGACAUGCUGUUUACCUCGUUAACUCAGACUGAUAACCCAGUACUAUAGGAAAUCCCUGAACAGUCUCUCUCACUUCAUGUAGAAUAUCAGGACCUUGUAUUGUUCUUCUUCAUUUGCUGAUAAUCCUUGAUUAGGGUAAACAUAUGCUGCUUGCCUAACAGAGUCCUUAGCAAAUACCCCAAUGGUAUAGUAUAGCCAAUAUCCUCUGUUUACAAAUAAUCUGAAACAACUCUUUAAAUUUAGGAGAGCUAAUAGAGAAACCCUUCAAAAUCUCUCAUUUUUACUGUGCUUGUCAUUUCUAGGUUAUUUUCCCAACCUUUGCAUGCCAUUUUGAUAUAUAUAAGAACAGGUUUCUUGUAUAUCAGUUUUUAAGAAUAAUCCAGUUUGCCACUAAAAAUGGGCAGCUUUAUUGAGAUCUAAUGCAUACAUUGAUCCCAUAUUCCAAUAAGCUGUUGAGGAGAUGCGUGUAUUCAAGUUCUUUUGUGUUUGCUUUUUUCUAUAUUCCCUAUACUUUUUCAUUUACAAUUUGGGUUAUUAGAGAUUCUGCAUGCAAGUGAUUCUGGAACCUUAUAUAUAUAGAGCGUUCUGCCUAAUCCAGAAGUAAUGUAUAUUGAUACAAAAAUGAAUUAAUUCAAUCAACGUAGAGAAUCCUGUUUAUCCCAGAAAGAUAAGUUUACAAAAAUGCUGGGUCCAGCUAAGAUAAGAACUGUGGUAAAAUUAAUACAUAUAAAAAAGAGGAUUUAUUAGGAAUGUAGUUUAUUGGAAUUUGGAUGAUAUGUUGAACUGAAGAUGAACUUCAGUUGCUGAAUUGAUUUUGAUUUUUAUGGCUUUAUGUUUUCCUUCCAGUCAAGUGUCUAAUAAUGCUGAAAAACAAAGGGUACCUGAAAUUUUGUUAUUGUUGUUUAUUUAUGAACUUAAAUUUGAACUAAUUUAGUAUACAUUUAAUCUGUAGCCUAUAGAUGAACAAAACAAAUAAAAUUUGAAGUCAAUAUCUAAGUAAUAUUCUGCUAUUAUAAUCCUUUAAUUCAGAUUUCCUUAUGCUUCCCUGUCUGUGAAUUUAAUUUGUUUGCAUUAAGCUACUUGUAUUACUAUCAAACUCUAAAUUGUUUGGGUAUAGAUUUUCUUUUAUUUAGAGUUAAAUUUAACUAUUGAUUUCAGUGAUCAGUGACAAUUAUAUUCUCUGGCUCCUGAAGUCACAUUUAUAAUUGGGACUUUAGAUUCAAAAAAGCAUACAAAUACCAAAUAAUAGCUACUUAACUUGUGUGAAUUUACAAUGGAUGCAAAGCAUUUUAUUCCAAAGUUUAAGGAAUUUUGUUCAACGAUGUUUUUUUAAAAAACUUAAAAAUUUUAAAGAUAAAAUGAAAAACUUGACUGUUAAUUGUUUGACUAAGAACUUUUAAUGCGAUUUGAAAUUCCUGUUUACAACUUGUUUAAAAUAAGAUUUUUUUAAAAAAAAAGAAUAUAUUAUUAUUAAGAUAUG